GAUGAAACUUACUUGAAAACCUUGAAGAUUAAACUCAUGGCAGGUGUUCGAUCAUCGACUGCAAUGGCUGAGAAGGUGUCCUGGUACUGUGCUUUGCUUUUGGCACUAAUGCUGGCCCUGAGCUGCUGUGACUCAACUGAAAGCGAAUACAUGGUGCCGGUGAACUGGAAUGACCUGAAUAAGCCAUGUGAUGAGAUUUAUGUGGUUCGAGAGGGAGAGACUCUGCAUACUAUCAGUGAAAAGUGUGGGGAUCAAUAUAUUGUUGAAGAGAAUCCACAUAUCCAUGAGCCGGAUGACGUUUUUCCUGGUUUGGUUAUCAAGAUUAACCCUUUCAAGAAUAGGUAGAGACUAGAGAGUGCAGUCUUAAUGAGCUUGUUCUUGUUUUCAGGGUCUAAAGGUUCAACUGUUGAACUAAUGUCUUUGGAC